CCGGAAGUUGUGAUCCGGCUGAGUCCACCCGGGAGCUGGGGGCUGGGAGUGCGGCUGCAGCCGGCACGAUGGGCGGGAAGAACAAGCAGCGAACCAAGGGGAACCUGAGGCCUUCCAACAGUGGCCGAGCUGCAGAACUCCUUGCCAAAGAACAGGGCACAGUUCCUGGGUUUAUAGGGUUUGGAACAUCUCACAGUGACCUGGGCUAUGUUCCUGCUAUUCAGGGAGCUGAAGAAAUAGACAGCCUUGUAGAUUCUGACUUCCGGAUGGUGCUGCGGAAACUGUCUAAGAAAGAUGUCACAACAAAAUUAAAAGCUAUGCAGGAAUUUGGAACCAUGUGUACAGAGAGAGACACAGAAGCAGUGAAAGGAGUGCUUCCGUAUUGGCCAAGAAUAUUCUGCAAAAUUUCACUUGACCACGACCGCCGGGUUCGAGAGGCCACGCAGCAAGCUUUUGAAAAACUUAUCCUGAAAGUAAAGAAACACUUGGCUCCCUAUUUAAAAAGUUUGAUGGGCUAUUGGCUCAUGGCUCAGUGUGAUCCGUACUCGCCAGCCGCGUUUGCAGCGAAAGACGCAUUCGAAGCGGCCUUCCCUCCAACCAAGCAGCCUGAAGCCAUAGCAUUUUGUAAAGAUGAAAUUACCACUGUGCUGCAAGAUCAUCUCCUGAAGGAAACCCCUGACACCCUCAGUGACCCACAAACUGUCCCUGAGGAAGAAAGAGAAGCUAAAUUCUAUCGGGUUGUGACUUCUUCCUUAUUGGCAUUAAAGAAAUUGCUUUGCCUUUUACCGGAUAGUGAACUUGACUCUCUGGAGGAGAAAUUGAAAUCUCUGCUGUCACAGAACAAGUUCUGGAAGUAUGGAAAGCACAGUGUACCCCAGAUCCGCUCAGCUUAUUUUGAGUUAGUGUCUGCUUUGUGCCAGCGUAUUCCACAGUUGAUGAAAGAGGAAGCCUCCAAAGUGAGCCCUUCAGUUCUACUCAGCAUUGAUGACAGCGACCCCAUGGUGUGCCCGGCUCUCUGGGAAGCUGUCCUCUACACAGUUACAACUAUUGAGGACUGUUGGCUUCAUGUAAAUGCCAAAAAAAGUGUGUUUCCCAAGCUGUCCACUCUGAUUCGCGAGGGUGGCCGGGGCCUCGCCACUGUCAUCCAUCCCUACCUUCUGCCAUUCCUCAGCAAACUUCCUCAGUCCAUCACAGAUCCAAAGCUGGAUUUCUUCAAAAAUUUCCUCACAUCUCUUGUUGCAGGGCUGUCAACAGAGAGAAUCAAAUCAAGUGGUUCCGAGUGCUCAGCGGUGAUAGCCGCCUUUUUUGAAUGUUUGCGUUUUAUAAUGCAGCAAAACUUAGGUGAGGAAGCGAUCGAACAGAUGCUCGUAAAUGAUCAGUUGAUUCCUUUUGUUGAUAUGGUUCUCAAAGACCCAGUAUUGCAAAAUGGGCAACUGUUUCAUUGUUUGGCAGAAACCUUAAGUUCCUGGGAAGCUAAAGCAGACAUGGAUAAAGAUAAUCAGACAGCUCACGGCUUGGAAAAUGUCCUGCUGAAUUUCUGGGAACGAUUAUCAGAGAUCUGCGUCGAGAAAAUCGAUGAGCCAGAAGCUGAUGUUAAAUCCGUUUUGGGCGUCUGUAACUUACUACAGGUGCUGCAGAAGCCAAAGAGCUCAAUCAAGUCCAGUAAGAGGAAAAAUGGUAAAGUUAGAUUUGCUGAUGAGAUACCUGAACCUGAAAGUAACAAAGAGAAUGAGCAGUGCAUGUCAUCGGAAGGAGAGAACAGUGAGGCCACUGAGUUAGUGCCUGGGUCUGCUCGUGACUCCUCAGACGUCUUAUCUCCUCUAAGGAAAAAACCUUUGGACGAUUUAGUGUGUAAGCUCGCCGAGAUGAGUAUUAACUAUGUCAAUGAGAAGAAGUCAGAGCAACAUUUGCGGUUUCUGUCUACCCUGCUUGGCUCCUUCUCAUCAAGCCAGGUGUUUCAAGUGCUUCUUGGUGAUGAAAACCGGAGUAUUGUCAAAGCCAAAUCUGUUGCAAUAACCGAGCUCGCACAGAAAAAUCCCGCCGUGAAGUUCUUAUAUGGAAAAGUAAUAGGUUGGCUGAGUGAAGAACAAAGAAAGGAUUCUGGGUUCCUGGUGGACAUUUUGUACAGUGCCUUGCGUUGCUGUGAUAAUGAUAUGGAAAGAAAAGAUGUCUUGGACGAUAUCUCUGAGGAGCACCUACACUGGAAUUCUCUUCUUCAGGUUAUUGAAAAGGCAUGUUCUGGUUCAGAUAAGCAUGCUUCAGUAACACCUUGGCUAAAAGGUGAUACACUUGGAGAGAAACUGGUAACUUUGGCAGACGAACUUUGUAAUAAAAAGAACUUACAAUCUACUUCAGAAUCCUACUUCUCCGAAAAAUGGACUCUGCUAAAGUUGGUGUUGUCUCAGCAUGUUAAAAAUGAUUACUUGAUUGGAGAAGUAUAUGUUGAAAGAAUCAUUGUUAAACUUCAUGAAAGUUUAUGUAAAACAAAGACAUUGUCAGAAGCUGAUAACAGUGAUUCGUCAGUGUCUGUUGUCUGUGACGUGGUCCACAACUACUUCGGCUCUCCCAAAGGGUGCUCGUUAGUGCCCUCGGCUGAAGAGUUACUAUUAACGCUCUUUCAGUUGUGUGCUCAGAGCAAAGAAAAAACACACUUGCCAGAUUUUCUUAGGUGUAAACUGAAAGAUACUUGGCUCUCUGGUGUAAAUGUGUUGGUCCGUCAUGCCAGUGGCACAUUUAAGCAAAGCACCUUCCUACGUUCAUCUGCUCUGUGGCUCAAGAGUCAAGUUCAGUCUUCCUCUUUGGAUAUCACAAGUCUUCAAGUCCUUUUGUCUGCUGUUGAAGAUUUGCUAAUUGCAUUUCUAGAGAGUGAAGAUCCCUGUCUUCUGGCAGAUUAUAUUGGAAGUAUAAUGCCAACCAGCAGUGAAUGGGAAAAGAUGAGACAGUCUCUUCCUACUCAGUGGUUACACAGACCUCUUUUAGAGGGAAGAUUGAGUUUGAAUUACGAGUGUUCCAAAACUGAGUUUAACGAACAAGAUGCCAAGAGCCUUCCCAGCCAUUUGUGUAUGUCAGCCUUAUUGGGCAAGAUGAUGUUAGUGUCACUGAAAAAGAAAAUAAACCUGGAAAAUAGUGAGCUUGAGAAAAUAACCGCAGAGCUGCUCUACUCACUGCAGUGGUGUGAAGAACUAGACAACCCGCCUGCUUUCCUAACUGGAUUUUGUGAGAUGCUUGAAAAAAUGAGUAUUACAUUUGAUAACCUACGUGCAUUUGGCGAUACCUCUGGCCUUUUGCAACUGUUAUUUAACAGGUCCAAGGAAAAUGGAACACUCUGGGCUCUUAUUAUUGCCAAGUUGAUCCUUUCCCGAAGCAUUUCAUCUGAUGAAGUAAAGCCACAUUAUAAGAGAAAAGAAAGCUUUUUUCCACUAACCGAAGGUAAUCUGCAUACCAUCCAGAGUCUCUGUCCAUUUUUGUCAAAAGAAGAUAAAAAGGAAUUCAGUGCGCAGUGUAUCCCUGCUCUGCUGGGUUGGACUAAAGAAGAUCUUUGCAGUAUUGAUGGAGGUUUUGGCCAUCUUGCCAUUUUCAAUUCUUGUCUGCAGACCAGAAGCAUAGAUGACGGAGAGCUGUUACAUGGGAUAUUAAAAAUAAUAAUGUCCUGGAAGAAAGAGCAUGAGGACAUAUUUCUUUUCAGUUGUAAUCUAUCAGACACAAGUGCAGAGGUGCUCGGAGUGAACGUAGAGAUCAUCCGGUUCCUGUCCCUGUUCCUGAAGUGUGGCUCGUCUCCUUUGGCGGAGGGUGAAUGGGACUUCAUUAUGUGCUCCAUGUUGGCGUGGCUGGAGACAACAAAUGAAAACCAGGCGUUAUACUGCGUCCCCCUCGUCCAGCUCUUUGCCUGUGUCAGCUGUGACCUGGCCUGCGAGCUCAGUUCCUUCUUUGAUUCCGUAACUCCGGACACCGCUGGCAACCUUCCUGUAAAUCUAAUCAGUGAAUGGAAAGAAUUUUUCUCCCGAGGCAUCCACAGUUUGUUCUUACCUCUUUUGGUGACUGUUACAGGAGAAAACAAAGAUUUGUCGGAAACAUCCUUUAAGAAUGCGAUGCUGAGGCCCAUGUGUGAAACGCUAACGUAUAUUUCAAAGGAUCAGCUGUUGAGUCACAAACUUCCUGCAAAACUGGUUACUGGCCAAAAAACGAACUUACCGGAGUGUCUGCAGACCGUGUUGAAUACGUUGGUGCCGUUACUGCUCUUCCGAGCCAGGCCCGUGCAGAUCGCUGUGUAUCACAUGCUGUACAAAUUGAUGCCUGAAUUGCCAAAGUAUGAUCAAGAUAAUCUGAAGUCAUAUGGAGAUGAUGAAGAAGAACCAGCCUUGUCUCCACCGGGAGUGCUGAUGUCUGUCCUUAACAAACAAGAAGACUUACUAGAAAACAUUUUGGGGUGUAUUCCUGUGGGACAGAUAGUUACUAUCAAGCCACUGAGUGAAGACUUUUGUUACGUUCUGGGGUACCUCCUGACUUGGAAAUUAAUACUUACUUUCUUUAAAGCCGCUUCAUCUCAGCUUCGGGCUCUCUAUUCCAUGUACCUUCGCAAAACGAAGAGCUUGAAUAAGUUGCUGUACCACCUGUUCCGACUCAUGCCAGAAAACCCCACUUACGGAGAGACAGCUGUUGAGGCCACAAAUAAGGACCCGAAGACAUUUUUUACCGAGGAGCUCCAGCUGAGUAUUAGAGAAACAGCAACUCUUCCAUACCAUAUUCCACACUUGGCUUGUUCAGUGUAUCAUAUGACAUUAAAAGACUUGCCAGCCAUGGUUAGGCUGUGGUGGAACAGCAGUGAGAAACGUGUUUUCAAUAUUGUUGAUAGAUUUACAAGCAAGUAUGUCAGCAAUGUUCUUUCAUUUCAAGAAAUAUCUUCUGUGCAAACAAGUACACAGCUGCUUAAUGGCAUGGCGGUGAAAGCUCGAGCUACUACUCGAGAAGUAAUGGCUACGUACAGCAUCGAGGACAUUGUCAUUGAGCUUAUAAUACAGCUGCCUUCCAAUUAUCCUUUGGGGUCCAUCACAGUGGAAAGUGGCAAGAGAGUGGGAGUGGCCGUCCAGCAGUGGAGGAACUGGAUGCUGCAAUUAAGUACUUACCUCACUCAUCAGAACGGAAGUAUUAUGGAAGGCUUGGCAUUAUGGAAAAACAACGUGGACAAGCGCUUUGAGGGCGUUGAAGAUUGCAUGAUCUGCUUCUCAGUGAUUCACGGCUUCAACUACUCCCUUCCCAAAAAAGCCUGUAGAACGUGCAAGAAGAAAUUCCACUCAGCCUGCUUGUACAAAUGGUUUACGUCUAGCAACAAGUCGACGUGCCCCCUAUGUCGUGAGACCUUUUUCUGAGUCAGUUAAAGGCGUUUGACUUGGAUCGCUCGUGAGGCAGCGUUGAUGUGAGGAAGCCAGUUAUUUUUAAAUGGGACUUUUCCAAACAAUUCUUUUGGUUAAUGUAAUGAUCCUGAAAUCAAGUUUACUUAUCUUUAGAUUGCUUUGUAAAUGUUUGGAAAUCUUUUCCUUUACAAAAGAAUAUUGCAUAUUUGAGAGAAAAAUAUUUAUAUGAAUGGUUUAAUUUCUUUAUAUAGUUAAUGAAAAAAAUCUAAAUUACAGAAUUGGGAUAUAUGAAAAUGCAGCUAUUAUACUGAUAAAUCUAUUCAGUUUGUUCUAUGCUCUAGAAAAGUCCAGGUGAGGUAAAAUGAAUUGAGAGAGCUAAUGUAAAUCUGCAGAUAUUUUAAGACAUAUUUAUUAGUUUUGACAAACAAUAGAGACAACUAACUAAUUCUGAUUUUUGUAGAUUAUUCUAAUGAUAAAAUGACACUGAUCUGCUUAUCUCGAGCUAUCUGAAGCAUGCUGUUAUAUCCUAAGUAAGAGUACACUGAACUUAAAGGUGCCUCCGUCUGUCAAGGGGCAUGAGAUUCAGAAAGCUCCAGUUCAUCACACUUACAUUUUGCUUGUGGAAAAUCAUUUCCGUGCAUUGGUGAAAUCUCAAUUGUCAGUGAAUGGAUUACUCAGCUUGGAAGAGUUUCCAAAGGGUAAGAAUGUGGGAGAAAUAGUGAUUUGAUUAUUUCAUUCAUGAAGCAGAAUGGUACCUAUCCCUCAGUUGAGAGGGAAGAGUGAAAAAGCAUAAAGACUGAUAGAAUAACAAUAUUUUUAAAAAUGCUCUAGGAGUCUUUACAUUUUGGAGGUAGAUCUUGCUGUUAUUACCAGCCAAAAUUACACAAAAUAAGAGAUUUGGAGAAGCUGGCCUGUUUUAGCCUUCAGAAAAGAAAGCUAGGGUUUUACUGCAAAGUCAAGUUCAAUGUGAUAGAUAAAAGUGUGCAAAUGGGUGAAGGCCUGCUUUUUGCCACAGCAUGGUUACCAUUAAAAUUGUGCCCCAAACAUAUAAGUAUGGAACUUUGAAACUUGAAAUAAUUUUAUUGCAGUCUUCCAUUUCAUGGGGAACUAGUUAGGUUACUUAAGUGAUCAUCCAAUCCUCUGUGUUGCAAUGUUUAAUUGGCAAAAAGCAACUUGUGUUAAAUAAAACUGCUUACUGUCAACUGGGUAAAAUGACUAUUAUUGACAUAGCGUGACUAUUCGGAGGGCUGCAGUUGGAGAGUGAAGAAUUAUGACAUGGGAUUUCCAGACCUCUUGAAUUGCACUUGUAGAUGCAGCGUCUUACCCAGAUUCGUGUGUGUCUUAAAUUUUUUGUGUAGUAUUUAUUAUCUUCCUGCCUUGAGGCUUGGAGUCCGUCAAAUAAAGACAGCAAAAUUCUA